CUACCCCCCUUUCUUGGUUGCUUUGGUCACAACUCCACUUGCUCUACAUCAUGACAACCGUCCUGCACUCGAGUCCUUGGACCAUCACGCCAGCUGCUCCAUUUGCAUCCUUGCGUGACAUCAUGGACGAAACCGCGGUUCAAGCCAACAACGACAAGUUGACAUCCGCCGCCGUCGGCGCUGCAUUGUGGUCGAACGCUGCAUCAGCCCCACGUUAUCCGACGGACGCUCCUGACACAAGAUCCGACUACGCCAUGGCGUUGGCCCUCCAACAGGAAGAGCAAAUGUCAACAUACACCAUUGAUUACACCCGGCUCGCCCCCGCCUUCGACGACUCGAACAACGCCAGCGAUGGCGAAGUACAACUGACCAAACAUCGUGGCCCCUUGGUCCGCCACCGACCCCCAGCCAUAACCGUGGAGUCUGCCGAGGACAGAACCCCAUCACUUCGCACUGCGAGCCAAACCAACAAACGCCGCGUGGACCAUCGAAAGAUUCGUACGAAGCCAGUUCGCCACGUCGUCGUCGUCAGCAUAGACAAGGCAGACGAUGAUUGGCUGGAGGGUGGGACACUGUACGAGCUCUUUUUCAGCGCUGUGGACAGCUUCCACGACAUUGCCCACGAGUUUGCCUUUAACGGCAACGAUUCAUAUUAAUGGUUUUGCGAUAGGACUAACUAUAUAUAUAUUAUAUAUUUGAGCCCAUAA